AUGCGCCGUGGCAGCUCGUCCCUCGUUGGCGCGUCUCGGCGCCUCUCCUCGGAGGCCGCAUUUCUCCGACGGCGAUCAGCCAACCACGCGCCGCUCACGCCGCUCACCUUCCUCGCUCGCGCCGCCGACGUCUAUCCCGACCGAGUAGCCAUCGUCUACGACGACUGGGCCGCCUCUCCCGCGGCGGAGUGGACGCCGGCCACUGAGCGGACGUGGGCGGAGACCUCCGAGCGUGUGGGUCGCCUUGCCUCUGGCUUGCGGCACCGCUUCGGCGUCGAGCGCGGCGACACGGUGGCGGUGCUCUCGCCAAACACGCCGGCUUUCCUCGAGGCGCACUUUGGCGUCAUGGCGGCGGGCGCAGUGAUCAACCCGAUCAACACGCGGCUCGACGCGCCUGCGCUGGCCUACAUUCUGCGCCACUCCGCCGCUAAGGUACUGCUCGCCGACUCUGCGCACGCGACGACAGUCGAAGAGGCGCUCUCGGAGCUCGAGCUGGCAGAGCGGCCGCGGCUCGUCUCGCUCGUUGACACGGUGGCCGGGCCGCACGCGGGCGGCGGAGGGGGCGGGUGGGGGGAGGAGUGCGAGUACGAGGAGCUGCUGGCCGGAGGCUGCCCGGAGGAGCCGUGGCGGUACCCGGAGGACGAGUGGGAGACGCAGGCGCUCAACUACACGAGCGGCACCACCGGCAGGCCGAAGGGGGUGCUGUUCUCCCACCGCGGCGCGGCGCUGAACUCGAUCAACAACGCGCUCAUCUGGAGCCUGCCGCAGCACCCAUCCUACCUUUGGACCUUGCCCCUCUUCCACUGCAGCGGCUGGUGCUUCCCGCACACCGUCACGCUGCAGGCGGGGACUCACGUCUGCCUGCGCUCUGUGGACCCCGCUGCCGUCUUCGCCGCUAUCCUCUCACAGCGCGUCUCGCAUCUCUGCGGCGCCCCCGUCGUCGCAAACAUGCUGCUGCAUGCGCCCGGCGCCGCGCACUUCGGCGCAGCGCUGACCAGCGCCGCGGCGGGCGGCGGCCAGCGGGUCAAGAUGCUCUGCGCCGGCGCGCCGCCGCCCGCGGCGGUGCUGGAGGCGAUGGAGGGGCUGGGUGUCGAGGUGACGCACGUGUACGGCCUCACCGAGUCGUACGGCCCCGCGGUGGCGUGUUCGUGGCAGGACGCGUGGGCGGGGCUGCCGCCGCGGGAGCGUGCGGAGCUCAUGGCACGGCAGGGGCAUCGGUACCCCCUCCUCGAGGGCCUCGACGUCGCGGUGGAGGCGGAGGCGGGCGGCGAGGCGGCGGGCGGCGAGGCGGCGGGCGGCGAGGCGGCGGGCGGCGGCGGGCUCGGGCCGCGGUGGAGGGCGGCGCGACGGGACGGGCUCGAGCUGGGGGAGGUCGUGAUGCGCGGCAACGCUGUGAUGAAGGGGUAUCUCCCCCAUAUCUCGCCAUAUCUCCCCCAUAUCUCGCCAACGCUGUGAUGAAGGGGUGGUUCGCGGACGAGGGCGCGAGUCUCACAUGGGCCAUGGAGCAUUGCUCGCUCAUGCCUCGUUCUUAGGUACCUCGCGGACGAGGGCGCGACGGAGGAGGCGCUCGGGAGUGGCUGGUUCCGCACGGGCGACCUCGCGGUGGUCCACCCUUCUGGGUACCUCGAGAUCAAGGACCGCGCCAAGGACAUCAUCAUCUCAGGCGGCGAGAACAUCUCGACAGUCGAGGUCGAGGCCGUGCUGUACCGGCACCCGGCGGUGCUCGAGGCGAGCGUCGUGGCAAGGCCGCACCCGCACUGGGGCGAGACGCCGUGUGCUUUUGUCACGCUGCGGGAGGGGCACCGCUGGGAAGAAGGCGGCGGCGGCGGCGGCGGCGGCGGCGGCGGCGGCGGCGGCGGCGUGACGAGCGAGGCGGAGAUCGUCGAGUUUUGCCGCGCGCGGCUCGCCCACUUCAAGGCGCCGCGCUACGUGGUUCAGCUGCCGGGCGGGAUGCCGCAGCCGUCUCGAUGGGCAUGUGUGGAGGUGGGGGUGCUCACCGCUUGGUGAUGGGCCAUAGGCGGGCUGCCAAAGACGUCGACGGGCAAGAUACAAAAGUUCCUGCUGCGCGAGACGGCGCGGCUCGCCGCCGAGGAGGAGCAGGGCGGCGCGGAGAGCGGGCCCGAGCGGGUGGCGGUCUGACUCUGAGUCUGGCAGCUUGGUCUGGAGCCGGACGGUGUGUCCGCCAAACAAGCGCUGAGCUGUAGGAAAAAAAUAUCUUUUGCCGGCGCUGACGCGUAGUGAGUAUGUGUAUGGGGUUGAGGGCGUUUUCUUUCUUUCUUUUUGACAGCGCCUUCGUUGUUAAUAGAGUAAUACAA